AUGGCGGAGCUCAAUGCUCUGCCGCUCCGGUUGAAGAACUUCUUCGCCCGGUACCCUCCUCAGCUCUACUCUGCCAAAUUCACAGGCAUCACAAUACCCUUGACGCGGAGAGAAGCGAAAGAUGCGGCCGUCGCCCGAGCCGCCGAACUACAAACCCAGGUGUCUGCUUCUUCCACCCGCUCGUCGCGCCCCGUCGCGAGCAUUCUUGCACAGCCCAUAUCAGUAUCAACCACAGCAUCCUCUUCAGAGUCAGAGGCUUCGCCAGCAGUGGCAGCCGAGACAGAAAUUCCCCCUAUACCUACGCCGAUACAAACGGUUAGCACCAACCUGCAGAAAUUCCCGCUCAACCCCUUCCUCCCGCGGAAAAACUUCGUAACCGGCCGCUGGGCAGGCCCAAAGAUCGGUCUGCGCCGGCAAGCGGACCUCGUGAAACUCGCAAGGGAGUUCGGCAUAGAAGAGCUGCUUCCACCGGGGAAGAAAUCUUCUGCGUUCAAGGAGUCGCGGUUGCUGCAGAGAGGACUGAGGAUUAGAGGCACGGGCGAGGGACAGAAAGUCAAGGGCCACAAGUGGGAGAGACACAUGGGGGCGACGUUGGAGAAGAGGAGGAAGGCAAUGGAAAGCAUGCCGGAGUUGAUCAGAGAGUGGAAACAGAAGGGCCAUGGGCGAGGGUGGAAGAAGUAUCCCAAAUAG